AUGGCUUCCUCAGUAGCUCACAAUUCUUGCACUCCCAUUGACGGAACUGGGGAUUCCUUUAUUUCAGAAAGGAUAACACAUUACCCAACAUGCAAAAUCGAGUUAAAUGGUAAGUCAAGUUCAAAUACAGAAAGAAAAGAAGAUCUUGAAAUUAUCUUUCUUUUAGUUUUAUUAGUAUCAAUAGUUAUUUAUAUUAUUAAUUAUUUCUACCCUGUGGUUGACUCAGAAAAUGUCUCUAUUAUUGUCAUGAUAGCCCUUGCACUUCUUAUUUGUUACAAACAUGGUAAUGUUAUAAGAAAAUACUUCGUACCGCCAUUUAUUCCAUACAACAGAAUUAAAACUGAUUAUAUCAGUAAUGUUAUAAUUACAUAUAUAAAUGAGAUCGUUGAUAAAAUUAUUAUUCCUAGAAUAAUUAGAGAACUCGGUGAAAGAGGUUAUCCGAUUGAAAACAUUGAAUAUCCUGUUGAAGAUUGUCCAUUAUAA